CCCCCCGCCGCUCCUCGCGACGCUGCCGCCGCCGGAGCCUCCCGGGGGCCUGACCGGAGCCUCCCCGGGGCCUGCUCGGGGCCUUUUGCGGCCUUACCGGGGCCUCCCCGCCGCUUUUCGGGGCUCGACGGGGCCGUUUGGGGCAUCCCCGGGGCUCGGGGGCGCCGUUUGCGGCCUUACCGGGGCCUCGCCGGGCUUUGACCGGAGCUUUUUGGGGUCGAACCGGGCCCUUCCCGAGGCCUCCGGGGCUGAACCGGGGCUUUGAGGGCCUUUAACGGGGAGAGCCCUCCCGGUGCUCCCCGUUUUGGUUCUUUCUCGCUGGAAUUCGGGGCCGAUUUCAGCCGAAAUCGCGGCAAAAUCGGAAUUUUUUUUUUGUUUAUUUUUAAUUUUUGUGUUGUUUAUUUAACAGCGCUUUUCCUGUUUUAUUUUUUUAUUUUUUUUCCGGGAUUCCGGUUCCUCCCGUGGCUCAGAAAAUCCCGGGAUUUGCGGCGCAGCAGGAACGGGAUGAAAUGCCAAGGAUUUCUUCAGGCCGGCGAAUUUAUUUUUGUUUUUUUCUUGCGGUUUUUGUUUUGAUCGAAACAAAAUCCGCGAUCCAGGGAAUUCCUGCCUCGGCAAUGUCCGCCCUGGGAAUGACUUAAAGGCAACGCCGCGCUUGGCUUUUCUUCUCUAAAUUAUUAAUUAGCAAAUUAAAAAAUAAUUUAAAAAAGGGUUUUUUUUUUUUUGGGGAGGGAAAUAAUUCCGGUAAGGACUGAGAGCGCUCCAGGCAUCGCCAGAACUUUGGGGAUUUUUUUUUAGGGGGAAUUUGUUGGAAAAUUAAAGAGAAGGAAAAAAGGGAUCGGAGAUCGCUGAGAGCGCCAGCGGGCACGGCUGAGGUGCCCAUGGCGGGUCGGAAGCGUGGCGCUGGCAGUGCCAACGGUGGCACGGGCGGCGCGGUGCCGUGGCCGGAGGAGCCGGGCGAGCGCGAGCAGGGCCUGUACUCGCUGCACCGCAUGUUCGACAUCGUGGGCGCGCAGCUGACGCACCGCGACGUGCGCGUGCUCUCCUUCCUCUUCGUGGACGUGCUGGACGAGGCCGAGCGCGGCCGCAUCCGCUCGGGCCGCGACUUCCUGCUGGCCCUGGAGCGCCAGGGCCGCUGCGACGAGAGCAACCUGCGGCAGCUGCUGCAGCUGCUGCGCAUCAUCACCCGCCACGACCUGCUGCCCUACGUCAGCCUCAAGAGGCGGCGCCCCGUGUGCCCGGACCUGGUGGACAAGUACCUGGAGGAGACGUCCAUCCGCUACGUCACCCCCCGCGCGCCCGGGGGGGCCCCGCCCGGCCUCGGCCACCCCCACAAAUCAGUGCCUGCCCCCCACCCGUCCCUGUGCUGCCCCCCGGGGGGGCCCCAGCUGGGCCCCAAGCGCCCGGGCCGGGCCCGGAGCCUCCUCGGGAGCCAACGGAAACGGAGAAAGUCAGCGACCCCCGACCCCAAGGAGAAACAGACCUGCGACAUCCGCCUGCGCGUGCGCGCCGAGUACUGCCAGCACGACUCCGCCCUGCACGGCAACGUCUUCUCCAACAAGCAGGACCCUCUGGAGCGCCAGUUCGAGCGCUUCAACCAGGCCAACACCAUCCUGAAAUCGCGGGAUUUGGGCUCCAUCAUCUGCGACAUCAAAUUCUCGGAGCUCACCUACCUCGACGCCUUCUGGCGGGAUUACAUCAACGGCUCCCUCCUGGAGGCCCUCAAGGGCGUCUUCAUCACGGACUCGCUCAAACAGGCCGUGGGCCACGAGGCCAUCAAGCUGCUGGUCAACGUGGACGAGGAGGAUUACGAGUUGGGUCGCCAGAAACUCCUCAGGAACUUGAUGCUCCACACGGCUCCCUGAGGGAUUCACCCCCACCCUGCCCCCCAGUUUGGGUUUUUUUGGGGUUUUUUUUGGGAUUUUCCUGGUUUUUUUUUUCCUCUCCCUCCCCGCCACCCCGGUUCUUCGGCGGAGUUGCGCUCGUGGAUUUGGGGAGGGUUGGAGGUGUGGGGGAUUCCGGGAUUUGGAGGUUUUUGGGGGUUCCUGGUGGGUUCUCCUUGUGUUUUCCAUGGGGUUUUCCCCUCCUGUUUUUUCUUUUGUAUCCAUUAAAACUGGUGAUGAAAAGGCAAAAAUCCCGUUGGUGCCACAUGCUGGGAUUUGGGGUGUGGAAUAUUCCAGAAUUCCUCACUUUGUCUUGUCAGUUCCUUCUUUUCUUUUUUGUUCUCCAUGUUUUCUCCCUGUUUUCUUUUUUAUCCAUUAAAAAUGGUGAUGAAAAGGCAAAAAUCCCAUUGGUGCCACAUGCUGGGAUUUGGGGUGUGGAAUAUUCCAGAAUUCCUCACUUUGUCCUGUCACUUCUUCCUUCUCUUUGUGUUUUCCAUGUUUUCUCCCUAUUUUCAUUUCUUUUCUCCCUAUUUUAUUUUCUGGUUUUUGCCAUUAAAAACGGUGAUGAAAAGGCAAAAAUCCCAUUGGUGCCUCACAUUGGGAUUUGGGGAUUGGGGAUGUGAAAUAUUCCAGAAUUCCUCACUUUGUCCUGUCAGUUCCUCCUCAUGUUUUCCACAUUUUCUCCCUGUUUUGUCCAUAUUUUCUUUUCUUUUCUUUUUUUUUUUUUUCCAUUAAAAACAGUGGCAAAAAGGCAAGAAUCCCAUUGGUUCCAUAUGCUGGGAUUUGGGGAUCAGGGGUGUGGAAUAUUCCAGAAUUCCUCACUUUUUCCUGUUAAUUCCUCCUUUGUGUUUUCCAUGUUUUCUCCCUGUUUCCUUUUCUUUUUUUAUCCAUUAAAAAUGGUGAAGAAAAGACAAAAAUCCCAUUGGUGCGACAUGUUGGGAUUUGGGAUGUGGAAUAUUCCAGAAUUCCUCAUUUUCCUUGUCAAUUUCCUCCUUCUUGUGUUUUUCAUGUUUUUUUCCUCUUUUGUAUCCAUUAAAAAAUGGCCAAAAAAAAGGGUAAAAAAAAUCUCAUUUUAAGAACCUGAGGGGGACACGCUGGGAUUUGGGGAUUGGAGGUGUGGAAUAUUCCAGAAUUCCCCAUUUUCCUUACCAAAUUCUUUUUUUUCCAUUAUUUUUCCCUCAUUUUUCCCU